AUGCUCGUCUGCCGUCCUUGGUACCACCUCAUCAAAGACGAUUCAGCAUGGCGUGCCGCAUUCCUCCGACGCUUCGCAAACAUCACCUCAUUCCCCUCUCUCGUCUCCACCGGUCUCUGGCGAGACGAAUACUGCUCCCGCGCCGACCAAAUCCGUAAAUGGGAACGUGGACGUGGCCCAUCAAACUCUCUUGAUUCACGCAUCGGACUAGUUGAUUCCUUCCAUGUCACGGAGAAGAGUGACCGCGUCAUCAUCGCCAACGGACACGGUAUCUUUUCCGUCGCAGAUUACACCACCGGUAAAGUGGCCAAAGACCUCCUCUUCGCCGGCGGCACCCCAACGAGCGCGGUAGAUAUGACAACCUACUCCCUCGCCCCCUCCGCCAUCGCCUGUGGCUUCUCAAACGGCUACGUCGGGUGCCACUUCCUCCAAUCCAAAGCCACGGAACGGACAUGGCGCUACUUCGCCGGUGGGCAUUUUGGACCUGUGACAAGAGUUUGGGCUGCGUCGCAUUUUGAGAGAGGGAAGGCGGGUGUUGUUAGUGUGGGGGCUGUGGAUGGGUUGGUGAGGGUUUGGGAUGUGUUUUCGGGGACGCAGGUUGCGCAGUACGACUUGGGUGAUCAAGGCCAUUACCCGGUUACGGAUAUUCUGUAUCAUGAGGAGAAGGAGGUGUUAGUUCUAUGUAACACCGCUGGUGAGGUAUAUGUUAUGGAGGGGAACCCUUGCAAUGGCGACGGGGUGUUGAGGAAGGUUACGCCGCCGCUUGAGACUCCCGAGGAUGGUGCGCCGCUCUCGAACCACACAGCUCCCUUCGUCGGUGUGGAUUUUGAGAGGGGGUACGUCUUCGUUACGACUGGUACCGUGACGCAACGCGUUCCGAUGCAACCCAAAGUCUCGACGAAGAUCGUAGAGUUCAAGGGCGGACACGAAGCCCAGAUCACAGCCAUGUAUGUCGACGAAUCACAGGAUCUUCCACUCCACGGGACAUCGACCUCUAACCCCGGUGGCGGCGCACGAUUCUUCGCGACGGGAGACGAGACUGGCGUCGUCUGUGUCUGGAACGCUCAGGAUGAGGCGGAGGACGGGGCUACUCACAUUAAACCCAGGGUUAUUAUCCCGGCACAUGAUGCUGAGGUUACGAGUUUACAUAUGACCCCGUUGGUUUUGGUGGUUGGGUUUGUUGAUGGUGUGGUUAGGGCAUAUGAUCCACUCACUGGUGACCUAUGCCGUCAAAUCAACAACAAGCUCUCCAAGAAAUUGCAGAGGGUCAUCGAAGCCAACGCUGGAUCUGCGUCGAUGAAUGACCGGUUACGUUUCGCAGCGAGGUGGGUUCGGGCGUGGGGAUGUAAGGGCGUCGUCGCGAUUGGCUCGGAUUUGAAGACGUGGGAUUUUGGGGUCGUGUAUCGGAGGCAGGGGAAGCGUCUCCCGCUGGGCAAGAAAAAGAACUCGAACGGCAACGGCAACGUUUUCGGAAAAAUGAAACUCCAAAAAGAGAUCUCCAUCGACGAAGCCGAGCUCCGUACAAACAUGCAGACCGAACGAGGCGCCCGGGAACGCAGGGAGAAGGUCGUGAAGAAGUAUAAUGGAGGCUUGGGGGAUGGGGUUGAGGGCAUGACAGAGAGUGAGAUGAUUGCGUAUGUGACGAUGAUUAGUGCGGAGGCGGAGACGGACAGGACGGUGGCGGGAAAGAUUGAGGAGACGAGGUUUGAGGAUGAGGAGGAGGGGUUGAGGGAGGCUUUGAGGUUGAGUGCGUUGGAGGCGGAACAGGGGUCGAGUGCGUCGUCACCGCAUGAAGAGGCUGCGGAUGAAGUGGUGAAGAGUUUCGUGGAUGAAGAGGUUGAUGAAGGGGAGGAGAGCUUCGACGAAUCGGUUUACAUCUUCGAUCGGUCACAACACGACACCCCGGCACCUUCGUCACCUCCUGCCUCUCGCUCACCAUGGGCAAGUCCAUCACCUGCUAUACGCUCACCACCCGUCGCCUCUAACCCCGCAAGACAACAAAGCUUCAGUCAUGUCACUGUCAGCCCUGAUCCGCGGUUACGAAGGGGCAAGACGACGGAGGAGGAGGAUUUGGAAUUUGCGCUGUUGCUAAGUCGCAUUGAGGCGCAGAGUUUGGAGGAAGCAGCGAAGAGAUAG